ACAUAUCAGAGACUGCGUUACUCGCCGUUCUGAUGACUUUUGCGCCCACAACCUUCACCUCGCAAGACUACAUCUCCGACCAUUUGUGGAAAGCAAACGUUAAUUAAGCCGCGUACCAGCAAUCGGCACAAAUACCUUAAACCAUGGCGACUCCUAUUCUCGCUAGGUUUACUACGGUCUCUACCAUCAGGCCUACAUUUGGCAAAUUCGCGAAUGUGUCCAUCAAGCCGGCCUUCCAGUUCAGAGGCAGAGCUUCAGUGGUGGACGGCACACCGCGUUCUCCGCCGCCGACCUCUGUCCGCUCGACCAAACCCUCUUUCGAGCGCGCUACCUUCACGAUCCGAGACGGACCGAUUUUCCACGGCAAGAGCUUUGGUGCAAGGGCGAACGUGAGCGGUGAAGCUGUCUUCACUACCUCGCUUGUGGGUUAUCCAGAAUCUAUGACGGACCCAUCGUACCGUGGACAGAUCUUGGUGUUCACGCAGCCGCUGAUUGGAAACUAUGGCGUACCGUCGGCGGUUAGAGACGAGUAUGGGUUGUUAAGGUAUUUCGAAAGCCCUAACAUCCAGGCUUGCGGCAUCGUGGUGGCGGACGUGGCGCUGCAGUACUCACAUUGGACUGCUGUAGAGAGCUUGGCGGACUGGUGCGCGCGAGAGGGUGUGCCCGCGAUUUCUGGUGUGGAUACGCGGGCAAUCGUCACGCAUCUGCGAGAGCAGGGUUCUUCGCUUGGGAAGAUCACGAUCGGCGAAGAGUACGACGCGGACGAGGAUGAAGCGUAUGAGGACCCGGGCCAGAUCAACUUGGUCAAGCGAGUAUCUACCAAGCAACCUUUCCACGUACCCUCGCCGGUUGGCGACGCACAUAUUGCUCUCAUUGACUGCGGCGUCAAGGAGAACAUCAUCCGCUCGAUCGUGUCGCGAGGCGCGUCCGUGACCUGCCUCCCGUUCGACUACCCGAUACACAAGCUGGCUCGCCACUUCGACGGUGUCUUCAUCUCGAAUGGGCCUGGCGACCCAACCCACUGCCGCGCCACCUCGGACAACCUACGGAAGCUGAUGGAAACCAGCCAGAUCCCCAUUAUGGGUAUCUGCCUUGGCCACCAACUUCUCGCCAUCGCCGUAGGCGCUGGUACUACAAAGAUGAAGUACGGCAACCGCGCGCACAAUAUCCCGGCCCUCGACGAGACGACCGGUAAAUGCCACAUCACAUCUCAGAACCACGGGUACGCCGUUGAUCCGGAUACGCUACCAUCGGACUUCAAGGUCUAUUUCACGAACUUGAACGACAAGACUAAUGAGGGCAUGAUUCACAAAUCAAGGCCGAUCUUCAGUACGCAGUUCCAUCCGGAAGCGAAGGGCGGGCCGCAGGAUUCGAGCUAUCUGUUCGAUUUGUAUCUGCAGGAGGUCAAGCGGUAUAAAUCUGAGCAGGAUCGCGUGAGUGGGCGGAGCAGAGACAGCAAGCCUAGCGGUCUGCUGGUUGAUCUCUUAGCGAAAGAGCGAGUCGGUGUCAAGCCGGGCAUUCCGUACGAAGCUUAAGCAAUGAGGCGGUGGUGACUUUUACGAAUUUCUUUUCGAUAGUGGCGUUCCUGCUUAAGCGAUGGAUAUGCGACGUUUUUGAUAUGCUACUUAGUACUGUACAAAUCGGUUAACACCAAGUCCUGUUCGCCGC